GACAACAACAACAACAACCACAACAACCACCCGGUUCGGUUCCACCAAAACGAACAACCAUAACAAUGCAUCCUGUCUUCCAUCCCGGCGCCGUCGCGCUCAUCACAGGCGCAGCCUCUGGCAUUGGCCUGGCUGCAGCCAAGCUCUGCCACCGCGCUGGCAUGAACCUGAUCCUGGCCGACGUCGACGAACAGGCUCUCGCGGCCGCCACGGCAGACCUCCCUUCAACCCCCCAUCUGAAAAUAUCCUCCGUCCGCAUCGACGUCUCCAACCUCGCAGACUGGCAGCGUCUCCAGGAGGAAGUCGCCUCCACCUACCCCGGUGGCGUCGAUUUCCUCAUGCUCAACGCGGGCGCCAGCCACCGUCCCGCCGCCGACAAGACGCCCUGGACGGACCCGGACUAUUUCCAGAAAACAUUCGCCGUCAACACCUUCGGGUACACCAACGGCAUCGCCGCGUUUCUCGACGCCGUCACGAAGAACAAAGACCAUCCCCGGGCCAUCGUGUUGACCGGUUCCAAGCAGGGCAUCACGAACCCCCCUGGCAACCCCGCCUAUAAUGCCUCGAAGAGUGCCGUGAAGACCAUCGCCGAGCAUCUAUCUUUCACCCUACACGAGUCCCACCCCAAUGUCAGCGUCCACCUGCUCGUACCCGGCUUCACUUACACCGGUCUGGUUGCGCGCUACUUCCCGUCGAAGCCGGAUGGCGCGUGGACCCCCGAGCAAGUCAUCGACUACAUGGAGGGGAAGAUGGCCCAGGGCGCGUUCUACAUCCUAUGUCCCGAUAACGAGGUGACCGAGGAACUGGAUCAGCGGCGCAUCGCGUGGGGAUAUGGGGACAUGAUUCAUGGCCGGCCGGCGUUGACGCGGUGGCGGUCGGACUGGAAGGAAAAGGCAGCGAAGGGGAUCGAAGCCUUGGAGGGCGACGGACUCUGAACAAAGGAUUGGCCCCUUGGCGAAAUAAAAUGGCAUUUCUUGGCCAGGCUCUUUGUCUUGGCUGAUCACGGCGCAAAGCUGUACCAUCGGGAAUAGUAUCGUAUUUAUAACUGCCCGAUCGCAUGACCUUGGAUGUUGUCGAAACUGACACCCCUUGGAAGCUCC